AUGUCCACCGAACGCCGUAUCAAGACGCUCAAGAUGCGGCUUAAGAGCUUGACAGCUUCUUUGAGCCUCAUCAUGACCUUCGUCGACGAAUUCGAUGAAGAGACGCAAUCCGAUGAGAUACCCGUGCGCUUGGAGAGUCUCAACAGGCUGUGGAUGGACUACGGCAUCGCACAAAGUGAACUUGAGUCGCUCGAUGAAAACUCCCUGGAUGCCCACAUUAAAGAGCGGACGACGCUGGAAUCGUCCUACUAUCGGAUAAAGGGCUUCCUACUAGCCCACAAUAAAGCUCCGUUAAACCAAUCCGCUACGUCUCCCACUCAUUCAGAGGCGCACUUCCCUAUGUCCGCUUCGCAUGUGCGAUUGCCGGACGUCAAACUUCCGUUAUUCGAUGGAAAAUUGGAAAAUUGGCUGGUGUUCCACGAUUUGUACAUCUCGUUAGUCCAUUCUUCCACCAGUCUCUCCAAUAUUCAAAAAUUUUAUUAUUUGCGGUCGUCGCUAUCCCAUUCGGCACUUCAACUCAUCCAGUCGAUUCCGCUGAGCGCCGAUAACUACUCCGUGGCUUGGAACCUGCUACUAAAGCAUUUCCAGAAUCCAGCAAGACUCAAGCAGACCUAUGUUGAUGCACUCUUCGACUUUUCGGCACUAAAACGUGAAUCGGCUACAGAACUUCACAAUUUGGUGGAGCGUUUCGAGGCUAAUGUGAAGAUUCUACACAAACUUGGGGAGCGAACAGAACACUGGGACAUCUUGCUAGUUCGCAUGCUCAGCACCCGGCUUGAUUCAACAACCCGUAGGGACUGGGAGGAACACUCAACGUCGCAGCAGACCGUCAAAUUCAAGGAUUUAACAGAAUUCAUCCAGCGGCGCGUCACCGUGCUUCAAUCCAUGCAAGUAAAGGUCGUCGAUACUCCGUCCUCUACCCAUAUAAAAAGACCAGCCCAGCGUUCGGUUUCGAGUCACGGAGCCAGUCAGGUUAAUCUGCGAAAGUGUCUUGCCUGUUCAGAACAUCAUCCUCUGUAUUUGUGUGGAACCUUUUCGAAGCUGUCACUCGAGGACAAGGAAAAGGAGGUCCGUAGACAUCAGCUGUGUAGGAACUGCUUGAGAAAGGGCCAUCAGUCAAGGGAUUGUUCUUCAUCAACGAACUGCCGCAAGUGUCGGGGCCGGCAUCACACCUUACUGUGUUCGAACAACUCAACCAACCAGCCUACUUCGAAACCAGCGGAUCACCAGCAUCCUAAAACCACCGAAUCAUCUCCAAGCCUUGAAUCCCCGAUUAACUCUGCCUCUGCAACAGUUGAAUCCGUCAGUUGUUCUUCCGCCAGCCAUCAACAAAAACUCGUCCUUCUAGCUACAGCCAUGAUUAUCCUCGUUGACGACAGCGGCGCCGAGCACAUUGGGCGCGCCCUGCUUGACUCGGGAAGUGAGUGCUGCUUUGUAACUGAACGCUUUGCGCAGCGCAUGAAGGUCCAGCGGAAGAAAAUCUAUCUGCCAAUCAGCGGAAUCGGCCAAUCGUCAACGCAAGCCAAACAGAAGUUUUCGUCCACCAUCCGUUCACGUGUCGGCGAGUACACCACCACUGUUGAAAUGCUAGUUCUUCCCAGAGUCACUGUCGACCUACCUACCACGUCAAUCGAUACUUCGAAGUGGGAAUUUCCACCCGGUAUUAAUUUGGCAGAUCCGUCGUUCGAUAAAACCAACCCGGUUGACAUCAUUCUGGGCGCUGAAAUCUUUUUUGAAUUGUUCCGUGUCCCGGGUCGAAUCCGCCUCGGCGAGCAUCUCCCAGUUCUGGUAAACUCUGUUUUUGGUUGGGUCGUGUCAGGGAAGUCCACGGUUAGCGCAUCCAGUCCGCCAGUUGUCGCCAACAUUGCCACCGUCGCUGACAUCCAUCAGCUUAUGGAAAAGUUCUGGAAAAUCGAGGAAGAUGACUCAUACAAACCGUAUUCCGUCGAAGAACAAGCCUGUGAAGAACAUUUCUGUCGAACCGUAACUCGUACUUCUGAGGGAAGGUACAUAGUUCGAUUGCCGUUCAAGGAAGGCAUCCUUGACCAACUAAGUGACAAUCGCCGAACUGCUGUUCGGCGGUUCCAUCUUCUACAAACUCGUCUGGUCCGUAAUCCCGAUCUUCACCACCAAUACAAGGCUUUCAUCGACGAUUACAACGAUCUUGGACACAUGCAACGCAUACACGAAUACGAAGAACCGACCACCAAGCGGUUUUAUCUUCCGCAUCACGCUGUGCUUCGCGAGGAGAGCUCCACUACGAAGCUAAGAGUUGUCUUCGACGCAUCGUGUAAGACUCCCUCAGGGCCAUCCUUAAAUGACGCUCUCAUGGUGGGACCAACCGUUCAAGAGGACAUCCGAUCAAUCAUUAUGCGCUCCCGAAAACAUCAGGUCAUGAUUGUUGCCGACGUGAAGAUGAUGUAUCGUCAAAUACUCGUUGAUCCUCGUGACACGUCAGUACAGCUCAUUGUGUGGAAGCCAUCCCCGGAUCAGCCAAUGGAGACCUACGAGUUGAAAACCGUAACUUAUGGAACUUCUAGCGCACCGUUUCUUGCCACUAGGGUGCUGAUUCAACUGGCCGACGACGAAGGUUCCAACUAUCCAGUAGCUGCACCUGUUCUUAAAAAGGAUUUUUACGUGGACGAUCUGUUUUCUGGCGGAAAAAACACAGCUGAAGUAGUAGUCCUCCGCAACCAGCUAGAAGCACUCCUGGCAAAGGGCGGAUUUCAACUACGCAAAUGGGCAUCGAACGACGUAGCCGCACUCGACGGAAUUCCCUCUGAAAACCGAGCUCUAAAGAACUCUGUGGAGCUGGAUCGUGAUCAGGUCAUAAAAACGCUUGGACUCCAUUGGGAACCAGCCACGGAUUGCCUUCGUUACAAAAUAGAAGUUCCUCCUAACCCACCAGACCAGCCACUCACAAAAAGGCGCGCUCUCUCUCUUAUUGCUCGUCUCUAUGACCCACUUGGCUUAGUGGGACCAGUGGUGACAACAGCGAAGGUGUUCAUGCAGAAGUUGUGGACGUUGAAGGACGAAGAAGGGACAACAUGGACCUGGGAUCGAGAACUACCGAAAGAGUAUCAGGAUCAAUGGGCCGACUACCAAUCAGGACUACCCAAUCUCAAUAAUCUACGAAUCAACCGUUGCAUUCUCCUGCCAGAAGCGGAAACCAUUCAAAUCCACAUCUUUGCCGACGCUUCACAGUUAGCUUACGGAACCUGCGCCUACAUCCGAUCAACCAACGCUGCUGGAGUGGUAAAGGUGUCCCUGUUAUCCGCCAAAUCUCGAGUAGCCCCCCUUAAACAACUUAGCAUUCCACGACUCGAGCUAUGUGGCGCAUUACUGGCUGCUGAACUAUACGAAAAGGUCAAAUCAUCACUCCAACUUGAUGCCAAAUGCUACUUCUGGCUCGACAGCACCGUAGCACUUUGCUGGAUCAACGCAUCGCCUUCUGCAUGGGGCACCUUUGUGGCAAAUCGCACAUCGAAAAUCCAACUUGCCACUCCGAACUGCUCCUGGCAUCACAUCUCCGGUACCGAGAACCCUGCCGACUGCUUGUCCCGUGGAUUGAACGCUGACACCAUCAUCGACUUCGACCUGUGGUGGCAUGGGCCGCAGUGGUUAAAACAACAUCAGAGUCAUUGGCCGAUUAGUCACCUAGCAUCCGAACAACCAUUGGAGGCAAUGGAAGAAGCACGUCGGUUAGCAGCAGCGGCACCGUCAUCUCCAGCCGAUCCAUCGUUCGUGGACGAAGUCGUUGGCAAAUUUUCAGAUUAUUCCCGUCUCAUUCGAGUAAUCGCUUAUUGCCAUCGAUUCCUCCGUAAUUGCCGAAAUGCUACCCGUCAACGAACCUCGCUUCUCAACAUUGAUGAGCUGAUGGAAUCUGAAAAUAGCAUCAUUCGUUUAGUUCAACAACAAGCAUUCAGCCAAGAGUGGAAGCAGCUGUGGAACAAUCUGCCGGUUUCGCCGAAGUCCCGGCUGAAAUGGUUUCACCCAUUUGUUUCUUCAGAGCAACUAAUUCGAAUCGGAGGCAGACUGGGAAACGCCGUCCAACCAUAUGAUACCAAGCACCAAAUACUUCUACCACGAUCACAUCCACUCUCGCUCCUCCUAAUCCGCAACUACCACGAACGUCAUCUUCAUGCAGCUCCUCAACUUCUCCUAAGCAUACUGCGGCAGCGGUACUGGGUCAUAGGGGCCAGAAGUCUGGCCAAAAGUGUGGUCCACAACUGCAUCGUCUGUUUUAAAGCCCGUCCAAAACGCCUGGAGCAAUUCAUGGCGGAAUUACCAGCACCACGGAUAACAGCGAGUCGCCCCUUCUCUGUGACAGGAGUAGACUAUUGGGGACCGAUUCGUCUCAAACCAACACACCGCCGUGCCGCACCAGGAAAGGCCUACAUCGCUGUCUUCAUCUGCUUCUGCACCAAAGCGGUGCACUUGGAAUUAGUGGCAGACUUGAGCACCGCUAAGUUUAUUCAAUCCCUUCGCCGUUUCGUUUCUCGCCGAGGAUUAUGUGCUGACCUAUACAGCGAUAAUGGGAGGAACUUUGUGGGGGCCGCAAAUGAGCUCAAGCAAUUGGUGAACAGCAAGGAAUACCGGAAGGCAGUCGCCCAGGAGUGCAACGCUCAUCAAAUCCGCUGGCACUUCAAUCCGCCUCAUGCAUCGAACUUCGGUGGCCUCUGGGAGGCUGCUAUCCAAUCAGCCCAAAAGCAUUUCGUCCGAGUCCUUGGAACCAACACUCUACCAUUUGACGAUAUGGAAACUCUUCUCUGCCAAAUUGAAGCCUGUUUAAAUUCGAGACCACUUGUGGCCCUUAGUGACGAUCCGACGGACUACGAACCGUUGACACCUGGUCAUUUUCUGACCGGAUCUGCACUCAAAUCAGUCCCCGAUGUGAACUAUACCGAAAUUGCAUCCAAUCGGCUUACCAAGUGGCACCAUGUACAAAAACUGUUUCAGCAACUAUGGAAACGGUGGCAUUUGGAGUAUCUUUCCACCUUGCAACCACGAUCCAAAUGGCUUUCUCCUCCUGUCCAAAUUGAAGAAAAUCAGCUGGUUCUUCUCUGUGACGAGAAUAGCCCACCGAUGAAAUGGCCCACAGCACGGAUUCAUCAAACUCAUCCCGGUCCGGAUGGCAUUGUCAGAGUAGUGACGCUCCAAACACCAACGGGUCGUUUCCUCCGUCCUGUAAACAAAGUGUGCCUCCUGCCAAUCGCAUCAUCCUUCGACCAACGAACGCAGAAACCGAGCCAAAACCAGGAUGCACAAUAA